UUCUACAAUGCCAACACCACAAAACAAGCAACCUUUUCUCUUUGAGGAGUUCCUUUUGGUUCCAACGAAUUUGGGGUUUCUACACAAAAACCACAGAAGAUAUAAACUGAAAACAGCAAAAUUUACUUUUUCUUUUUUCUUAUUUUCUUUCAUAGCUUCUUGAAGAAAUUCUUUUUUUUUUUUUUAAAAUAUAUUUUUGAAAAUCCAUUCACUUUAGUUAGCACAUUCAUUGGAGUUGAGUCACUUUCAGGUGAGAAUUGAAAGGGAGAAAAAGAAUGGUAAAAAUCCGUUCAACAGACCACAACAAGAAUUUAGGAUCUCCGAAGGUGGAGGUGGGAGAGAUUGAUACAAGAGCACCAUUUCAAUCUGUUAAAGCAGCUGUUAGUUUGUUUGGUGAAGUAGCUACCUCCAAGGAUAAAGAUAAGGCUACAACCAGGAAAUCCAGGCUUUCUUCAGAGAAUGUGUUGGACAAGGAGACUCAACUUUUGUUGGCUCAAAGAGAACUUGAAAAGUACAAGCUCCAAUUACAGACAGCAGAGACUGUAAACGCUCGAGCAAAUUCUGAACUUGAAAAGGCAAAGAUAGCAUUAAAUGCUUUGACCACCAAGCUCAAUUCUGCAAAUGGGUCUAAGUUAUCAGCAAUUGAAGUUGCAGAAGCUGUUAAGAAACAGGCUAAGCAACUCGAAGUGGAACACUUGGGAAAUGCUGCUCGCAAGCAAGAAUUGGAUCAGGAAAGAGAGCAAUACACAAAAAUUGUAACUGAACUUGAUCUUGCAAAGCAAGAACUGACAAAAGUUCGACAGGAUUUUGAUGCUGCCUUGGAUGCAAAAUCGGCUUCGUUUCAACAGGCAGCAGAAGCACAACGUUUGGCGAAUAUGAACGCACAACGAGUUACUGAACUUGCCAAAGAAAUUAGAGCUAUGCAAGAAUCAAACCAGCAAUUAAAGCUUAUCUCUGCACAAGCUCAGGAACAAAUAGCAAGCAUUGUGGCAGGGAAAGAAGGUCGUAUACAAGCUUGUAAAAUAGCUAAAGAAGAAGUGGACAAGAAUUUGGAGUCUUUGAGGCAAGACUAUGACCCUGAAAUGACAAGAAAUCUUGAAGUGAAGCUUGUAGAAACAACUGUGGGGAUUGAAGCUUUACAAGAAGAGAUGAGAAAAGCGCAUGCUUUCGAAAUGAGCGCUGUGAAAUUUAUAACAACUGAGCUGAAUGAAGCAACAAAGACACUUCAGGAAGUUGUCGAGCAAGAGGCUUUGCUUAGAAAUAUAGUUACUUCACUUAAAAACGAACUAGAAGAUGUGAAGAAGGAGAAAGGUGAAUUGCAGAUGAAAGAAGUCAAAGAACUUGUUAAAGAAAGAAAAGAUCCUGACGGGUUAUCUGAUGAGCAAAGAUCAAUGCUUGAGAAGCUAUCAACAGAAACAGAAAUAGCAAGAAGGGAAGCUGAAGAGAUAAACAAAAAUUCUGAGAAACUGAAGCAAGAAGCUGUAAAGGGUAGAUUAGUAGUAGAAGAAGGAAAGAGGAAGCUAGAGAUUGUUCUUGCAAUGGUUGAACAAGCCAAAGAAAGAGAAAGGAGAGCUCACGAUGAGAUGAAAGUCUUAUCCGAAAAACAGAAGAGUGAAAACAUUGAUUCUGAUAAUCAUAACACAAUAAAAAUGUCGUUGCAGGAUUUUGAGUUGUUAAAAAAGAAAGUGGAGGAAUGUGACAAUAUAGCUGAAGCAAAAGAGAUAGAUGCCAUAACUGAAGUGGAAGCUAGCAAUGAAAGAAAAAUAGCAGCAGAGAGAAAGAUGGAAGAGAAUUUGAAGUCAAUUGAAGAAAUUAAAGAAGCAACUGAAAUCGCUUUGAAGUCAGCAGAGAUGGCAGAAGCUGCACAAAAUGUUGUUGAAGGUGAACUCAGAAGGUGGCGCCAGAAAGUUCCUGUCACAAGUCCUUAAUUAUUAUCACUAUUAUUAAUUCCAGGUUCAACAGGUACAUAUACAUUAGAUAAUGCAAUAGGAUUAUGAUUUCCCUGACAAUUCUAGUUGCUGAAAGAUUGGAGGAGACAAAAUCUACUCAAAACUUCAUAAUUGCUAAAUCCACAUGAACGUGACGCUGUGCUGUAUCCUUUAUUGUUCUUUGCUGUAAUGUAAUGUAAUGUGAUGCCUCUUAAAGAUUUGCUUAUUAUUGAGUCAUAAAAAUGUUUCCUUUAGAGAUAUUUUAUCUUUUUUAUUUUUACUUUGCAAAUGAACAAGGCUCAAUUUGCCCCUGAACUUAUGUCCAAGGGUCAAAUAGACCCAAUUUAAACUAUGAAGUAAGAAACAUUGGGAUUGCCUUC